AUGAAGGCUAAUCCCUUUUCCAUUUCACUUUCCCUUACACUGAUCACUUCUACUUACUUUCUACUUCCUCUAAUUUUCUACUUCCCACAUGCAACAAGAGCUGUAGCUGCCGCUGGUGGCGGUGGUAGUGGGGGUUCGGUGCCGGUGAUUGAUGGACCUACGGUGAGGAAAGACGAGAGGUGGCCUUUGUUGUCGUCGGAGUUUGGUGAAAUAUCGGCUGUUAAGAUCAGUGAUGGCAGAAAUGGGAGUUACCACCUCCAUUUUAUCACCAUGGAUACUCAGUCUCUCUUACUUCCUGUUCAACUUUAUUCGGAAAUGAUUUUAUAUGUUAACUCAGGCAGCGGAAGCCUGAGUUGGAUGGACGUCAACAAAGAUGACGAUAAACUUCAGCAAGUAAAUUUGAAGAGCGGAGACGUCUACAGGCUACAACCGGAAACUGUGUUUUACCUUGAAAACAACUUAGUGGACAACGACGGGCAAGAACUUCAGAUUUACGCCAUUUUUUCUGAUUCAGAUGACGAGCUACUACAAAACAAACAAGGCGACGAAGUAUAUGCCGGGGUUCAUGAUUUGGUGCUAGGGUUUGACAACGUAGUCCUUCAAGCCGCCCUCAAUUUGCCAGGAGAAUUGAUGGAAGAACUAAGAGCAGGAAAAAGACAACCUUUGAUUGUGCAAGGAUUGCCUGUAGUUAAUAACUCCAUGGGGGAAGUUGGUUCUAGGGUUACCAGUUCCUUUCUAGGAACCAAGAACAAUGACAUCUUCAACAUCCAAAAUAAAAAGGACAAAAACAAAAAGAAGGCAUAUAAUAUUCAUGAGUCGGAUCAUGAUGUUGAAAAUUGUUAUGGAUGGAGUGCAUUCGUCACCAAAAAACAAUUGGAUGUGUUGAAAGACACUGAUUUCAGUGUGUUCAUGGUGAAUCUAACAAAGGGAUCGAUGAUAGGACCACACUGGAACCCAAGAAGUGCAGAAAUAGCGAUUGUGCUUCAUGGACAAGGAAUGGUUCAGGUGGUUUGCCCUACCAUUACAAAUGAAAAAGUAUGCAAGAACUCGAGGUUUAAGGUUGCAGAAGGUGAUGUGUUUGUGGUGCCAAGAUAUCAUCCAAUGGCUCAAAUAUCCUUCAAUAAUGAUACUUUUGUUUUCAUGGGGUUCACGUUGACAUCAAAGGAUAGUUUUCCUCAAUAUCUAGCUGGAAAGUUGUCCAUUCUCCAAAACUUAGAUAAAACGGUGUUGGUGAAGUCUUUUAAUGUCAGUAACAUGACAAUGGAUCAAGUUUUGUCCGCUAAAAAAGAAUCGAUACUCUUAGAUUGCACCUCGUGUGCGGAGGAUGAGGAAAGGGCGAUGGAAGAAGAAGAAGGAAGGGAACGGGAGGGCGGAAGAGGGGGUGGUGGUGAAGGGAAGCAAGAGACAGAAAGGAAAGGAGAAAUAGCUAUAAGGAGGAAGGAAGAAGAAGUCGGAAUGGAAAGGGAAUUUGGAAGAGAUAGAGGUGGAAAGUCGCAAGAGGAAAAAAUGGACGGAGAAAGAACUAGAAUGGAGAAGGAAAAAGUAGUCGAAGUGGAAAGGAAGGUCGAAGGGGUGGUGAUAAAGGAUGGCAAGAGGCAUAAAAGGAAGGGAAAAUAUCUUUAA